AUGACUGAAAGUGAUGAAUCAUUUUGGAAAGAAAGAUAUAUCCAAAUAGAAAAAUGCUAUAAAGAUCUUGUACGCAUUAGGAAAAAUGAUGUCCGCGAGGAUAUUGAAGUUUAUCGCGAGAGAUUAGCUGAAGCUCAACAAAUGCAUAAAAUUUCAGUCGAAGAAAUUCAAAGACAAAUUAAUGACAUCAAUACAGAUAUAAAUGCAAUGGAAGGAACCAUCAAUCAAAUGGAUAAAUCGAUUUCCCAUAUAAGAGAUUUAAAGAGAGAAUUAUCUCGUAAAAGCAAAGUUCUAGAAUGCGUGUUUUCUGUUCCUGGUAUUCAGCUAACAGGAGUUACUAAUGACUUUUUCCAAUUUUCAGUUGGAAAUAAUUAUGAAUUUACAUUCUCUAUCUCCAAAGGAAUACCAUUUGAAUAUAAACCGAUAUCAUACACAGAAGACUUUAGUGUCCCUUCGUGGACAUCUCAGCCUCGCCAAUUUAAAGAUCUGAAUGAGAUGAGGAAUUACUUGGAACAAUUGAUACCCCCAGAGUAA